AUCGUCGCCUCCAGUUUCGUUAUAAUCCACUUCCCUGCUGCUACUCUUAGUUUCAUAUAUGUCCACUUCGUCAGGUUAUCUCUGCAUAUGGAUUCCAUGGAAUGGGAGAGAAGGCAAUGGAGCUAUUCAAGGAAAUGAGUAGUGGUAACUCAGUGAUGGAACAUAACAAGAGCACUUUCAUAAGCCUAUUGUCAGCUUGUAGCCACUUUGGGUUAAUAAAUGAAGGUCUAAGCUAUUACUACCAAAUGGAGGAAAAAUUUGGGGUUAAACCAGUUACCGAACAUCGGGUUUGCAUUGUUGACAUGCUUGGCCGGGCAGGGAAGCUGAAAGAAGCUUAUGAGUUCAUCACAGGGAUUGGUGAGCCACAAAAAGCAGGCUGGGAUGAAGCUGUACGGCUACGGGAGAUGGUGGAGGAUAAUUCAUUGAAGAAGCUUCCUGGUUACAGUGUUAUUGACGUUAGUGUUGGAUAGUGCUUCUUGAAGUUUUCCUAUAUCAGUUAUUAGUUUAGAGAGGCUGUGUAAGAAGCAAGAAAAUAAUAUAACAACAAUAGAUUCUGUAUAAAAUCCAAAGUUAUAA